AUGUUCAGCCCCGAGGCGUUCGCGCUCGCGGAGGGCCUCGUGUCCUCCGCGUACGUCUCCCAGGGCUCGCAGGCGUGCGCGCGCCGCGGGAAGCUCCUGACGACGCUCCUGUCCGAGCGGAGGCUCCCGCGCGCGGGAUGGGACGACAAGUCCAUCGAGGCGCUGAUCGCGGAGCUCGCAGCCAUGGACAGCAACAACUUCCUGGACAACGUCGGCGUCGGCGAGCGCGAGGCGAGGGUGCACAGCCGCCUCGUCGCGCGGAGGCACUACCACCUCGCGCACGGCGUCGGGCGCUCGGGAGACGUCGCCGCGGAGCAGCCGAAAGCCGCGGGGUCGUCGCUCAUCGUGAAGCUGACGAACCUCCUCGUCGCGGACGCGCUGAAGAUCGCGGGGAUGGCGGACGCGGGGCCCGCGCUCGUGCUCCCGCUCGCGACGGGAAUGACCCUCACCUUGACCCUGCUCGCGAUCAAAAAGUUCCGCCCGGCGACCGCGCGCAAGGUGGUGUGGCUUAGGCUCGACCAGAAGACGUGCGUCAAGGCGGUGCUGAGCGCGGGGUACGAGCUGAUCGUCGUCGAGCCGAGGAUCGUCGUCGGCGACCAGCUCGAGACGGACGUCGACGCGGUUGAACGCGCCGUCGUGGAAACCUGCGGCGGCGCCGCGAACGUCGCGUGCGUCGUCACGUCCACGAGCGGGUUCGCGCCGCGGGCGUGCGACGACGUCGUCGCGGUCGCGAAGGCGUGCGCGAGGCUGGACGUCGGGCACGUGAUCAACAACGCGUACGGCGUGCAGUCCAAGGCGCGUUCUAUGUAUACACUGGUCCCCGCGUGGCGACGCGGGCGCGUCGACGCGGUCGUGCAGAGCACGGACAAGAACUUCAUGGUCCCCGUCGGCGGCGCGGUCGUCACGAGCGGACGCGAGAACACGCGCGUCGUGGAGGAAGUGAGGAAGGCGUACCCGGGCCGCGCGUCCAUCGCGCCGGUGCUGGAUCUGUUCAUCACGCUGCUCGGGAUGGGCGAGGACGGAUGGAGGAAACUUUUGGACGACCGCGACGUCGUGUACGCGUACAUGAAGCGAAAGCUCGCGGAGGUGGCCGCGGAGGAGGGCGAGCGGUUGCUCGAGACGCCGGCGAAUCCGAUCUCGAUCGGUUUCUCGCUGGAGUCGCUGGCGCGCGGCCUCGGCGAGGACGUCGACGGGACGAAGAUCAGCUUCUUCGGUUCCAUGCUCUUCUCCCGGUGCGUCUCCGGCACGCGCGUCGUCGCCCCGGGGGUGCGUCAGACCAUCGGGGGCGUGACGUUCGACGGGUGGGGGGCGUCGUGUUCGGCGUAUCCGGCGGGGCCGUACUUCACCGCGGCGGCGGCGAUCGGGACGACGACGGAGGACGUCGACCGGUUCUGCGCGAAGCUGAAGAGCGCGUUUAAGGACUUUCGGAAGAAGCACUCGAGGAAGCGGGGGGGCGGGGGAGGCGCGGAGGAGGAAGUCUCGGAGGAGGUCGCGAAGUUGAACGUAGCCGCCGCUUAG